UUAGUAGGAGUGCUGGAAAGCAGGCGCGUCUCAAUUGGAUUAACACACUCGAAUAUAAUUUACUAUGUUUAUACGUUUACACUUAUCUAAAAUGAACAGCAGUUUUCUGUGACGAUAUUCCUUUUAUUUUUAGUAUAGAAAAAAAGGGCAUUUCCCCCCUUUUUCUUUUUCAACGUUACUCCUGAGGUGAAAAGUAAACACCUGCUGCACCUGCCUGCAGACUUUUUGUUGCCGCUGCUUACUGAACUUAUUGCAGAACUCAAUAAUGAAAGCCUGAUCAGAUUUAUUUAUUUUCUUUUUUGUUUUUUUGUUUUUUUUGAAGAAGAAGAAGUAGCGAAGGAAAUUGGCAAAGAAUGCUUAUUGUUUUUGGACUACACAUGGAGUCGACCAGGACACAGGCAAGGGUUCUGGCACUGCUGUUUUUAAUCGUGGCCUCCGUUCAGGCUGACUUUGUGGAGCCUCUUGAGCAGGACACCUCCCUGCGCUCCCUGGCUGAUUCUCAGACCCGGUUUCCCUGCCACUACAAGGAGACAGAGGGAGAGAAGGUGGUGCAGGUCACCUGGUACAAAGAGCUUCCAGACGGCAGCAAAGACAACAUCAUCACCGCCCACUUCACCGACGGCCACACAGAGUUUGGGCAGUACUCUCAUCGGGUGAAGUUUGAAAGCACCAACCCCACCGAGAACUCAGCCCUGCUCUUCCCCAACACAGAGGUGUCGGAUGAAGGCACCUACAUCUGCCACAUCUCCACCUUCCCCAAUGGGAACUUCGAGAGGCGUAUUGUGCUCACCGUCUGGAGUCUACCCAUUUCCAGCCUGGACUUGCUUACUCUGGUGGAGGGCCAACCGUUUGGUGUGGUCGCCUCGUGCCGAGCCGUGGGUCGUCCACUUCCCCGCCUCUCCUGGGACACUGAUCUCCCGGGCCAGUCUCAUAACCGAACCAGCGAAGCUGGGGCUGUGUCCAGCCACUACUCUCUCCACCCAUUGCGGAGCAUGAAUGGAAAAAAGCUGGAUUGCUUGGUUUGGCAUCCGGGACUGGACAAACCACGCAGGAUCUCAAACCGCCUGGUGGUUAAUUACCCCCCAGAUGCCACCAUCUCCUCCUCUCCUGGACAUUGGUAUUUGGGUCUAGAGAAAGCUGAGCUUGUGUGUGAAGGCAAGGGAUACCCCAAACCUCAGAACAUCACCUGGACACGGAGAGAUGGAGCUCUUCCUGAUGGGGUGUCAGUCAUUGGAGAAAAACUCAUUUUCCAGCGAGCCCUCCGUGGCAGUGACAGCGGGAUCUAUGAGUGUGUGGUCAGAAAUAGUGUGGGAGUUGGAACAACAGAGUAUACUGUAACAGUCGCAGAGAAAUCUAUAAGCGACUAUUCCACCAGUGAUAAACUACUGAUCAUUAUUGGAUCUGCAGCCGGAGCUGCUCUUUUGAUCCUGGUCAUCGUCAUCCUGCUGGUCAACCGCCACCACCGGCACAGAAACAGAAAGCUCAAGAAGGAGCUGAGUGAUAAAACGGACGAAGUAAACAGCCUCUCUCGACAAGCCUCCUUCAGGAGACUCAACUCUGUCAGCUCAGACCCUCGAGUGCAGGCUGAAGAUUACGCCCUGCUCAGAGUAAACAGCAGAAUGAAAAACAGCCUAAUGUCUCUGGAGCGUCCCAUCUACAAAGGCAGCCAGUCUACUCUGGGUGGGAGGUGGGGCCCUGCAGGAGAGGUGGAGUUGGAUGAACUAGGACGUCCCGUCAUCUGGCAUGAUCUGGGAGCAGCAGAGAUGGAUGGGGAAAAGGAGGAGCAUAGGAGGAGGGUGGAGUUGUUCCUGAAGAGCAGCAACAUGUCACUGGACUCAGGUCUUCCUUCGUCUCUCCUGCCAAUAAAAGUCCAGCAGGAUGGUUGUAUGGGGCCUAGAGAGCCAGACCUGGGUCAUCUGCAGGAUGGACACACUCCUCCUGAGGAUGACAGCCCUCCCACCCAGUCUGUAGAUGAGGGACACGAGGAUGAUGAGGACAGCAACUCCUACCAGAUCUCAGCAGCUCUCAAAAAUUAUUUUGAUUACAGCGAUGGCUUCCUCAGGCCCAAGCCACACUCCAAUGCCAUUCUGCUGCACCCUCGAGCAGAGGUCAUUUAAACCAGGCUGUGAUCCAAAACUUGUUGAGGAAAGCCCAUCUUUCCUUGAACUUAUUCUUUCUAACCAGAUGGUUAUUUUGAACUCACUUCGUGUGCAGUUUGCCUGAGAUACUAUCAAGAUGCUACUUCUUGCCUCCUAUUUGGGAGAUAAUAAAGUUCUAUCCUUAUUUUAUAAUCAUUUGAACGUUUUAACAUACUCUGGGGUCUUUCUAUGCCUUCACUGGUGCUUCAACAUGCAGCAAUGGGCCCAGUCAGACUAUUGAGGAUGUUGCAGUUCACACAAGGGCCGCUCCAUAUUUGGGAAAUUUUCUGUCCUAAAUAUUUUGAAGAUCCACUAACAGAGUGGUCUAACUGGAGGACUUUGUGUUUGACUUAGCAUCAGGGCUUGUAAAUAAAAGAUUUAUUCCAGCUUCCUGUUACACAACGUUUACUGUAUUUGGUGUAAAGCUAAACUGUGUAUCCAGUGUUUUUGAUGAGUUAAACCUGAAUAUGCAGCUUUUUUUAAGCAUGCAAAAUAGGUUCCUGGUGAAUCCUGCUUCUAACCAAUGAUACCAAGUUUACAUCAGAUAUAUUCAGGGAGGACAACAUGGACAGAAAAACUGGGGUCCUGGCUAGGAUCCUUUUAUGGAUGAGAACUUAGUGUAUUUGUGCAUCUGUGUAAUUUAUAUACAGAAAUAGUUUUAUAUUGACAUCAAUGGCUACCUUCAGUUACUAAAAGGUCAAAGAGUUCUUCCAACAAGGAAUUGUAGAGACAUGAGCAAAGCUAUUUAACUAGAGGAUGCUGAUGGAUACAAUACAACGAACUGGGAAUUGUGGCCAACUAUUAUUGUCUCCAUUAAGGCUCAGUCACAGUUACACUCCUUGGCCCUCCAACUUCUGUUUUGAUGAGGUAAGAUUCCCCAAGGAUCAAUAAGUAGUGGGUAUCUGGUUAUCCAGAUGUCCCUCAACGUUCUGGUUGAAGGGCUAGAUGUCUGCUCUUUGAUUCCCAAAAGAAAAGGAGCUCCUCAUUUCUCCAAGACAGGGAAGGGCUGAGGGGUGGAAUUGGUACUGGGCCUCAGUGUUAAGUGCUUACCACGGACGGACUGGAUGGACUGAACACUGUAAAGAAGCGCUGUCAGGUGAUGAGGAAUAUACUGUAUUAUUGUUUUUUUAUGUGCCAGUUUUUUUCUAUGAAAAUGCAAGAGACUUGUAAAUGUUAAAAUGUUUAUUCAUAAAGGUACAGCAUAUUUGAUUUUA